AUGGAUUCAAGAGAAUUCGGACCUUUCUCAAACGAAUUGGCCCCACUGACUCUAGAGGAAUCCCUUCGCGAUUAUCCCCACAUGACACCUCUGAUCUGGAAUAAAAUGCAAGAAGUUGGACGAUCCGUUCUCUAUUGGAAACGUCGUCAUGCAAUGACAGCUGUCUAUGUCGUUUCUCGUCGUGCAAUUAGAUCAAUCGAUGCCGUCAUUGAGAAGCGACCCUACUUGUUUUUCACAGAGAAACCGAUAGUAAGAAUGUUCGAGGAUGGAAGAGGUGGAGAACAGAGAUUUGUGAUGGAGGCGGAGUUUUUCAAGGCGCUUAAUAUCGAUUUUGUAAAGAAUCAGAACGUUUUACACACCAUCGAUAUGGAGGAGGCGCAGAACAAGCGUGGCUUUAAGAAGAUUGAGUUCAUCCGCUACCCAAUCCGACGCGCCAAACACCGAGCGGUCCCCAUCAAGGGACCAGAUUCUGAUGAGUUCUACGUGCUUGCCGUCGACUUAUUGAUCGAAUUUUUGAGAAAUCUCAUUUUCGGAUACAAGGCUUUUCAAAAAAAGCUAUUCGAAAAGUUCAGCGAGUUGUUCCAGGAGCUUGAGGAGACUUUUGGAGCUGAUAUUAAAAAGCCGUGUUUCAUCAAAAUCAACGUGCUCGCGAAAACUAAAGAAUCGAUCAAAAAUAUUUUGAAAACCGACGAAGAAACUAAUGAAGAAUCGAUACGUAUGGUGAAACCAGAAGGAUUUACAGUGGAAGAUCUGAAAAAUGAGCUUAAACACCUUGGACUCACUGAAACUUUCCCAGAAAUAGAGGAACAUGUAGACGUGGUGUAUCGGCAUGUGGAUAGUGUCAAAAAGGAGAAAUUUCUAAGAACUUGUGACUUGUAUGAUGCGGUGGAGUUCUGUCAAAUGCUUUGUGUGCUCAAUCGACUUCCAAAUUAUAAGAAAUUCCUUCACAAUCAAAAAGGAUGCGGGAGAAUUCCAGGAUUCCAAUGCGAUGACUGUGAUGAGGAGAAAAAGAAGACGUCAGGGAUUCAGAAAUCAAUGAAAAAACUGAAAAUCGCGGGAUCCAGACGUUAA